AUGAGGUUUCUGAUCUCACUGUGUGUGUCACUACUGCUGCUGAUUAAUGGUGAAAUAAUCAAUGGACAAACUUCAGAUCCUACAACUUCCAGCUCUGAUCCAUGCUAUAAUUAUGACAUUCUUGAUGACUAUUGGAGAGAAAUACAAUAUCACUACUAUGGCUAUGAUGACACCCUUGUUGAAUGGAGUGGCUGGUAUCGGCUGUAUUUGAAUGGAGAAAGUGCCCAGAUGUCUGAGUGGUGUGUGAGUUAUAUGGGAUGUGGUGGUGAAUCUGGACUGUAUCUCAACGGUUCUCAUCCAAGAGUUGAGGAUGGAGUGGUGACCCGUGACGUUGUGGGAACUACUUCAUGGUGGUGGUGGUGGGGAUUUUCAAAUCAGUGUGAAACCUACACAUCCACGUCUGUCCAAGUCAAAGCCUGUCCAGGAGAUUAUUAUGUCUAUGAACUUGUCAAACCCAACAUAUCAGUCCCCAGGCCUACAUACUGUGCAGUUGCCUUCCAAAGCAUCAGCAGUGAUCCCUGCUACAACUAUGAGUCUCUGGAUCGUCCCUGGAGAGCCACCAAUGAAAGUGGAGACUGGAUUUGUGAUGAAUCUUUCUCCUGGAAUGGCUGGUAUCGGCUUUUCUACUAUGGAAUGAACAUCCAGAUGUCAGAGACCUGUGUUAGUUCAUACAGCUGUAACACAUACUAUAAUCUGUGGCUCAAUGGUCCUCACCCUCAGAUAGAGGAUGGAGUGGUGACUAGAGAGGUUUGUGCAGGGUCUUAUUGGAAUGGCUGCUGUUUUUACAAAUCAAACCCCAUCAGAGUGAAAGCGUGUCCAGGCAAUUACUAUGUCUAUGAACUUGUGAAACCACAGUUCUGGUGUACAGGAUACUGCACAGAUGUCAGCACCAUUUCACAGGUGGCUCCCACUGUAAGUCCAGAUAUAAUCACUGGAUCCAGCAUCACCUUGAGUAAGUCAUCGUGUGAAAACUACAAUGUAAUCAACAACCACUGGAGAAGCACACUCAAUUACUGGUCUAUGUAUGGAUACAUCUCUGAUCAUGAUGACACUCGUGUAGAAUGGGAUGGCUGGUAUCGACUCUUUGUUAAUGAGUCGAGUGCUCAGAUGCCUGAGUCGUGUUUUUAUUAUAUGUCAUGUGGAAGUUUUAGUUCUCUGUGGCUUGGUGCCUCUCAUCCUCUGCUAGAAGAUAGAGUUGUUACCCGUGAAGUUUUUGGUUCUCGUGAUUAUCAGUGCAGUCGCUACAGAUCUGAACCAAUCCAAGUGAAAGCUUGUCCUGGAAAUUAUUAUGUCUACAAAUUUAUCAGGCCAAGUCUUUCAAUCCCAUUACCUGUAUAUUGUGCAGUUCCUUCCUCCACCCCAAGUGUCGAUCCCUGCUACACCUACACCAGUCUGGAUGAGCCUUGGAGAUCCACAGACAACUAUAAUAACUAUUACUAUUAUGGCAUGUGUGAUUAUAAUGUGGAGUGGAAUGGCUGGUACAGGCUGUUCUACAAUGGUGAAAAUGGCCAGAUGCCAGAAUCAUUUGUAAAUCAAGGCCUGUGUGGCACUUCUUCCCCACUGUGGCUCAACGGCCCUCAUCCACAGCUGGAAGAUGGAGUGGUCACCCGUCAGGUCUUUAUCUCAUGGAGUGCCUACUGUGAUUACAAAUCCCACCCUAUACGAGUCAAAGCCUGUCCUGGAAAUUACUACGUUUAUGAGUUUGUCAAGCCAAUGUUUUGCGGAGCCUACUGUGUAGCCUCAAGUCAGUCCAUCCCAUCAGUGUCUACAACAUCAGAGACAAUCCCAUCCGUAGAAUCCAUUACUCCACCAUUUACAACCGCUGCUCCCCCUGUUGACCCCUGCUACAACUACAAUGUCCUGGACGAUCCAUGGAGAGCCACCAACAAUCAACAUUCCUCUCAAAUAAUGUGUGACACUUGGGUCAGCUGGAACGGCUGGUACCGUCUCUUCAUUCAGGGUCAGAGCGUUCAGAUGCCAGACACGUGUGUUGAGGAGUAUAGCUGUGGCACUAAUGCUCCACUCUGGCUGAACGGAGGACAUCCAACAGUUGAGGAUGGAGUGGCCACUCGAGAUGUCUGUGGUCACUGGGACAAUAACUGCUGCCAUUUCCAAUCCAAUCCCAUUAAAGUCAAAGCCUGUCCAGGAGAUUAUUAUGUCUAUGAGUUUGUGAGUCCAACAACCUGCCAUUUGGCAUACUGUGCAGAUGCAAGCAACAUAAACACUACCUCUACUACUAUCACGCCAGAGACAACCACAGCUGAAACUACAACCACAACCACAGAACCUACAACUAUGGACAUUACAAUUGACAAUGGCAUCAUUAUUACAGGGCCAUUUUAUUCAUUUGGAACUGGAGACACAGUGAAUGGACUCAUUGAUGACGGGAGUUCAUCAGUUAUAUACCUUCAGCAGACAUUCAUAUUUUUUGGGCAAACAUACAACCAAAUUUAUGUUAACAGCAAUGGACACUUGACUUUUGAUGGGGAAUGGUACAGCUACACUCCAUACCAGUUCCCAGCCUAUGGAGGGAAAGACCUCAUUGCUCCAUUCUGGACAGACAUUGACAAUCGUUGGAAUGGUGUCAUCUCAUAUCAACAGUACACCUCUGGCAGUGUCCUUACACAGGCAACUCAAGACAUAAACCAGUACUUCCCUGACUUGAGUUUCUCUGCUUCAUGGGUCUUUGUUGCAACAUGGGAUAGAGUUGCAUAUUACUACAAUUCAGGAACAGAAACAUCUUUCCAAGUGGUUUUGAUUUCAAAUGGCCAUCUCUCAUUUGUUGUAAUGAACUAUGGUGCAAUCGCUCCAACACAACGAUAUGUACAGGCUGGUUAUGACACUAUCGAUUCAAGUCACCAUUUCUCAAUUACUGGAUCACUCCAGAAUGACAUCACAAGCCUACCACAUAGCAGCAAUGUCAAUGUGCCAGGCAGAUGGGUCUUUAGAACAGAUCAUGGAACACAGGGUUGUCAAUUUAAUGGUUUGCCAGUGCAGCUAGGUGACUAUUUCUGGAGUGAUGCUGCCUGCCAGGAAAGAUGUACCUGUACCACAAGAGGCAUCCAGUGCAGCUUUGAGCCCUGUACUUAUUCCCAAGCUUGUCGUCCUGCUGCUUUCCAAUACUCUUGUCAGAACAUUCAGCGACAGACAUGCACUAUCUCUGGUGAUCCUCACUACUACACUUUUGACAAUCAGAUUUUUCACUUUCAAGGAACCUGCACAUAUGUUCUCUCUGAGGCUUGUGGAAAUGGUUUGCCGUACUAUCGCACUGAGGGAAAAAAUGAGCAUCGGGGUAGCACACAUGUGUCAUGGACUCAAAUGGUCAGAGUAUUUGUCUAUAAUGAAGAAAUUGAACUGGUUAAAGAUCACUAUUAUGAGGCAAAGGUUAAUGGGACCUUUAUAGCCACACCAUUCACCCUCCACAAUGGCUCCAUCCAAGUCUAUCAGUCAGGUUUUUCCUUGGCCAUCACCACAGAUUUUGGUCUCCUAGUUACAUAUGAUGCAUAUAGCUACGUCACCAUCUCUGUACCUUAUGACUACCAGAAUGCCACAUGUGGUCUGUGUGGGAACUAUAACCUACAUCCUGAAGAUGACUUCCGUUCAAUCUCUGGGGAGAUCUUGAGCUCAGAUGUUGAAUUUGCCAACUCUUGGAAGGUAGAGGGAGACACAGAUCCCGAAUGCCAUGAUGUCAGGUGCACAGGUCUAGGUUGUGCAGUUUGUACUGCCAAUGAAAUGAGCCUUUACAGUGACACAAACCACUGUGGGAUACUAGGAGAUGUUUCAGGGCCUUUUGCAUCUUGCCACUCUGUGUUUUCACCCCAGACCUACAUAGAGAACUGCGUCUAUGAUCUUUGCUUAGGAGGAGGGUACCAGCCCAUUCUGCGCCAGGCUCUUAAUGUGUAUUCUGCUCAAUGCCAACAGCAGGGUGUACAACUAGGGCACUGGAGACAACCAGGCUUUUGUGAGAUUCAAUGUCCUGAGCACAGUCAUUUCGAGUACCAUGGAACAGGCUGCCCUGCAACUUGCAGCAACCCCUCCGCCCCAAAUAACUGUCCCUUGCCCAAUCAGGAGAGCUGUGUUUGUGAUGAUGGGUACAUCCUUAGCGCUGGGCAAUGUGUGCCUGAAGAAAACUGUGGCUGUGUCUUUGAGGGCUUCUAUUACUCUGAGGGACAGUCUGUAGUGUUGGGCGAGGACUGUGGGAGGCAAUGUGUUUGCAGUAGCAGGUCAAUGGUGUGCAAUCAGCACCAGUGUGGUCCAGCGGAAGUGUGUGGACUCCAUAAUGGUGUAAGGGGUUGUAGACCCAUCAGUUAUGCUACCUGUUCAGUUGAAAGCCUGGGUUCAUACCACACCUUUGAUGGACAAACUUUCAGAUACCCAGGAGCUUGUGGACUGACCCUUGCAAGAGUGAUGGGGCCAUCCCAACUGCCAUACUUUGUAUUGACAGUGGAGAAAGUACCCGGAGGCCUUCAAGAGUUUUCCAGGUUCCUGAGGUUUGAGGCAGGAGGAACUCAUGUUUCCAUUGAAUUGGGAGAAGGUAGCAAUGUGCAGGUGGAUGGACAGAUGGUUGGUCUACCCAUCAGUGUUGGCUCCAGUCAGAUCCAUAUCUAUCACAGCAGCGCAAGAGGUUUUGUUUUGGAAACAAACUUUGGAGUGACCAUUAGAGCUGACUGGCCGCACAUUGUCCGAAUCACAGCUCCAACCACUUACAAUGGUACACUUGGAGGUCUGUGUGGAAACUUGAAUGGAAAUAUUGAUGAUGAAUUCUACAGCCCAGAUGGUAUCCUGCUGGAUGACUCCCAGCUUUUUGCAGACAGCUGGCGUGAUGGAUCCCUGUCAGCCCACUGUGUGGAUCCAACAGACAUGUGGGAACCAGGUCUUUAUCAGAACAGGAGUGAGUUCAGUGAGCACUGCAGCAUCAUGGCCAUGAAUGAUGGACCAUUUGCUGAGUGCAGCAGAACACUAGACCCUUGGAAACGGAUUGAAGAUUGUAUUCAGAUGCUGGAGCAGACAGACGGUGCCAGGGAGGCUCUAUGUGAGGCCCUACGAGGUUACACACUGUACUGCCAACAGAAUGGCAUCACAGUUGGAGAGUGGAGGAGUAUCACCCACUGUGAUCCCAACUGUCCAGCUAAUACCCAUUACGAAAUGUGUGGCACAUCCUGUCCUGCAUCCUGCCCUAGUCUCUCAUUUCCCUUCCAGUGCACGCAGCCAUGCCAGGGGGGGUGCCAGUGCAAUGAUGGACUGGUGCUGGAUGGAGACCGCUGUGUUCCCCCAACUGGUUGUGGCUGCCGCUAUGAUGGGCGCUAUCGGCAGCCUGGAGAGCAGUUCUGGCAUGGUGAAGAAUGCCAGUUCCUGUGUGUCUGUGAUGGAAUAACUGGAAAUGUCCGUUGCACACCAUCAUCUUGCAGUGAACAGGAGAUCUGCCGUGUGGUGGAAGGAGAGUAUGGCUGCCAUCCUCGUCCACAUGGUAGCUGUUAUGCUUCUGGAGACCCCCAUUAUAUCUCUUUUGAUGGAACCUAUUUUGACUUUCAAGGCCCGUGCCGAUAUGUGCUGGCCAAAGUAUCUGCUGUUAAGGUAAACAAGUCCCAAAGCUUUAAUUUGGCAUGGCAUAUUUCUGAUUUUACAGUUGUAAUUAUUGAUAAGAAUGUUUGUAUAAACAAGAUUUUCUGUUUCUUCAAUCAGGUUGAUGAAGAGAUCAGAAACCUUCCCAUCUACCUUGACUCUGGUCGAGUAUCUGUCUAUUCCACAGGACAGUUUACAUAUGUCUCAACUGACUUUGGUUUCAGUGUCAGUUAUGGUUUCUGGGCGGUAAACAUUGUUGUGCCAGCAGACUACAGUGGAGUUGUGUGUGGCAUCUGUGGCAACUUUAAUGGCAAUCCCUGGGAUGACUUCCUAACUCCUUCAGGUGUUCCGGCACCUUCAGUAGACCAGUUUGGGGCAGAAUGGAUGGUUGAGGAUGAAAUGCCAUGUGAUGAUGACUCUGGAAACAGUUGUCCUGACUGUUGUAGAGAUGAGAGCACAACUCUUAUCUCACAAGCCUUGUGUGGAAUCAUCACGGACAGCCAGGGUCCCUUUAGCUUCUGCCAUGGUUCUGUAGAUCCACAAGCCUACUUUGAUAGCUGCGUGUUUGAUGUGUGCAUUUCUGAGAACAAUAAUGAUGUUUUGUGUCACUCUGUUCAAGCCUAUGCGAGUGCUUGUCAAUCUGCUAAUGCCAUUGUCUAUCCCUGGAGAGAAAAUGCAUCCUAUGUCAUGGACUGCUCAGCGAACAUCCCAAAUAGCCAUUAUGAGGUGUGUGGCACAGACUGUGGCCAUACGUGCGCCAGCAGCAUUGAUGCUAGUUGUGAACAAACAUGCUCAGAAGGUUGUUUCUGUGAUGAGGGAUAUGUGAGAAGUGGAGGACUCUGUGUACCAGUGGAGCAAUGUGGCUGCUUGUAUGAUGGAUUCUACUAUAAUAUUGGUGAACAGUUCUGGGAUUCAACAUGUUCCCAACGCUGUCAGUGUUUUGCUCCGAAUGAUUUACGCUGCUCUGCAUCUGUCUGCCCACCAGCCUUGGAGUGUGCAGUCAGAAAUGGACAUUUUGUGUCUGCAGUGGAUGUUUGGUUGUCUCAGCGUGGACAACAGACGCACAUCACAAUUGGCCAAAACAUGAGAGUUAAAGUUGAUGGGAAUGCCAUUGACACACUAGCAUAUCAAAUCAAUGAUCUUGUAGAGAUACAUGAGGAGCAUGGAUUCGUAAUUCUAAAUGCUUUCAAUGAAUUCAUUGUCCAUUUUGAUGGACAUAGCAGCCUUCUAGUCAGAGUGAGUGAAAGAUUCUAUGGAUCUCUAUGUGGAAUGUGUGGAAAUUUCAGUGGUAAUCCUGCAGAUGACAAAGUGCUGCCCAGUGGAGACCCCGCUCCUGAUGAUGAUUCCUUUGGCCAUAGCUGGCAAUCAGACACCAGCAUUCUAGGUUGUGGUGCCAGAGACCAGACAGGUAAUGCUGAUGAGUGUCCAUCCAGGCAGAGGUACUCUGCUCUCUGUAGUAUUAUCACCAACAUCACUGGCCCCUUCCAGAACUGCCAUCUUCAUGUUGACCCUGCACCUUACUACUAUUCUUGUGUGUAUGAUCUGUGUCUGUACACACGUGCAAAUGGCAUGUUAUGUUCAGCUGUUGAGGCCUAUGAGACAGCUUGUGCCAUCUUGGAGAUACAGAUCCCAGAAUGGCGCUCGGGUCUGCGGUGUGACGUGAGAGAUCACUGCUCUGAGCUCAGCUGCUCUGAGGAUGAAUGGUGUGGGAAGAAAAAUGGUGUUUAUGGCUGUAUGUGUAACGACGACCUACCCAGACCACAAGCUGACUCUUUUGAUUUCUCAGAAACCUGUGAAAGCAGCUCUGGCUCCUUGUCUGUGUCUCGCUGUCAGCUCUUUGAGGCUGGUUUUCCAGCUGACUUCUUACACCUCAAUGAUCCCAGCUGCAAAGGAACGGUCCGGAAUGGCAGAGUGGAAUUCCAUUUUGAUAACGAUGAACACAUCUGUGGCACAAAUCUUGUGGCCAACGGCACCCACUUUAUCUAUGAUAACUUUAUUCUGGGGACACCGAGGUCAGAAGGUCUCAUCAGCAGAGAGAAAAUCCUUAAGCUUUCUUUCAGCUGUGUUUAUCCUCAAACACAAACACUUUCCAUGAAUGUGGAAACAGUGGAGACUGUUGUGCACAAGACGCUCCCCACUGGUGAAGGGAGAUAUCAGGUUCGGAUGAUUCCAUAUGAGGAUAAUGAGUUUACCCGGCCCUUCACUGGUAAAGUGGAUGCAGAGCUCGACCAGAAGAUGAAUGUGGAAGUUCGUGUUGAGGGGGUUGACAGCCGCCAGUUUGCCCUGGUGAUGGACACGUGUUGGGCUACACCUGUGAACGAUCCUGAUUACAGUCUCCGCUGGGAUCUCAUCAUUAGAGAGUGUCCCAAUCCAAAUGACGACACAGUGGAGCUGCUGCAGAACGGCGUCUCGACAUCCAGCCGUUUCUCCUUCAGGAUGUUCAUCUUCACUGCAAACUCCACUAAGCUUUACCUGCACUGUGCUGUUCACCUGUGCCUUCUGUCGAGCAAUCGCUGCUCAAUGGACUGUAAUUCUGGACAUCACUGGAGAGAGCACAGGUCUCUGGAUUUCCAUGACAGUGCUUCCAUAUCCAUGGGUCCUCUGAUUUUGUCUGAAGGGAACACAGACAAGUGGGUCCCAGAGCAAGUGAAGGUAUCUGAGGCUACUUGUUUGUGUGCUUCUCUGAUGCUGUUACUUGUUCCUCUGUUCAGUUUCCUUGCCCUAUUUUAAUGUUUUUCUUCAAACAUAAUGUAAUCUUUUAUAUGCAUAAUUUCUAAUCCCAUUUUAAUGAAUAUUCGAGGGUUUCUAAAUUUUUCCUUUUCAUAAAUGUAAUGUUAUGUUCCAUAAUAAGAUAUUUAAUCAUUUACAUAAAUUGUUAUAUACUACAUUAAUCU